GCGGACGAGUCGUCGAAGGAGCAAAAAAUCAAAAUGGCGAGCCAAGAGGAGUCUGUGAGGGAGUUUGUCGCUGUUACUGAUGUGGACGAGGAGAGAGCCCGCUUCUUCUUGGAGUCAGCCGGCUGGAACCUGCAGCUCGCGCUGGCCAGCUUCUUUGAGGAUGGGGCUGAUGACGACAUAGUGACGCUUCCUCAGCCGGAAGGAGGCUCCUCAGUGUCCCGGUCAGCAGGACCAAGUUCCCAGCCCAGAGUGACCUCCUUCAGAGAUCUGAUGCAUGAGGCAGAAGAAGAGAGUGAUGAAGAGGAAGGUCAAAGAUUUUUCGCUGGAGGAUCAGAGCGCAGCGGGCAGCAGAUCGUCGGACCACCCAAGAAGAAGAGCUCCAAUGAAGUGGUGGAGGAUCUGUUCAAAGGGGCCAGGGAACACGGAGCUGUGCCUCUGGAGCGGAGCGGGAGAGGACCAGGAGAGCCCAGCAGAGCUAGGGCAUUUGUUGGUGGAGGAUACAGGUUAGGAGCAGCUCCUGAGGAGGAGUCAGCCUAUGUUGCCGGAGAGAGGCACGGCGCCAACGCCCAGCAGGAUGUACAUGUGGUGCUGAAGCUUUGGAAGACAGGUUUCAGUCUGGAUAACGGUGAACUCAGAAAUUACAGCGAUCCUGGAAACGCCAACUUCCUCGAAGCAAUCCGAAGGGGGGAGAUUCCUCUGGAGCUGAGGCAGCGCUCUCGAGGGGGCCAGGUCAACCUGGACAUGGAGGACCACAGGGACGAAGACUUCAGCAAACCCAAGAUGGCCUUCAAGGCCUUCGGAGGUGAAGGACAGAAGUUGGGAAGUGCCACCCCAGAGUUGGUUAAAGCUCCAGCCUCCUCCCAGCAGGACCAGGCAGCCAAUGAGGCCCAAGCCACCGCCUCAGUGAACCUCGACCCCUCCCAGCCCGUCACUAACAUCCAGAUCCGUCUGGCAGACGGCAGCAGGCUGGUUCAAAAGUUCAACAACACCCACAAGGUGUCUGAUCUGCGGCAGUUCGUGGUCGCGGCCCGGCCCAGCAUGGCCGCCAGAGAGUUCGUUCUCAUGACGGCCUUCCCCAACAAAGAGCUGGAGGACGAGAGCCAGACGCUGCAGCAGGCCAACCUUCUCAACGCCGUCAUCAUCCAGCGGCUACAGUGAGGCGGGCCGCCCCCCGCUGGCGUGGCUGAGCAACUGCAGCCCGGUGAAACCUGCUGCCCCUUCUGAGGGAGGAGAAACCACGGACUUGUGUAUGGACUUCUAAUUUCUGAUUUAUUUUGUUUUUUCUAAAGUGAAACAUAACAUUCUGCUCCCCACCAGAUCCCGACUCCUCUCCCCCACCUCUCCCUCUUUUCUCCUCCGCGCUCUAUGACGGGCUUAAACGGAGGGAGGAAACACAGAAUCUUCCAGAGCGGAGUUCAUUUAAGAGCCUGCAGAUGCUGGUAAAUGGUUGUGAUGGGCAGCAGAAAAGAUGGUUAAACCAGCAUCAGUCCAGCUUUCUGAAGAAACAGAUACGCUCACUAAACCUGGCUCUAUUUUCCAUUAAGUCGCUCCCCCCACUUUUCCUCUUCUAAUAACCUCCAUUUAGCCUGUUAAGCCAAGUCAGGUGCUGGGGCUUCACCACAUCCAUGCAACGCCAGAUUCCUAGUGUGUUUCUGUCUCAACAGCACAAACCAGAACCACAUAAGGAACAACAGUCUUAUUAAGAUAAAUAAAAAAGUUGAUGGUGAUACUGUGGUUUUUGUACAAGUUUCCAUUUCUCUCCACAUAUUCCUUUUUUUUCUUUUUGUUUGAAGAGAGAGAGAGAGAGAGAGAGAGUGAGAAGUGUAAUGAUAUAACAGACCAACCUAUACCGGUAGCCUUAUGCUCCUCUAUUCACCUCCAACAAUCACAAACAGUCCCUUUUUGUUCAAAUGAAGAUGGAAUUAUUUUUUUAAACUGCCUUUUUUUUUCUUUUUCUUUUUUUUUUUUCCUUUACAGAUUGUAGGAUUGUCCUAGUUAGACUGCAGGAUUUUGAUAUGGUGUAACAUAAAAAAAUUAGUUACACGUACGGCUUUAUUACCAAACCAAUGGUUGAAGAAAAACAACAUAGAUUGUAAACAUUGGUUUGUAGUAGUGAAAGUUGAAUUCUUUAUGACACACUGACAUCUUCUAUGCAUCCUGGGGCAACACGGAAAAUAUGUUUGGACCUCUGGUAAAAAUAAAUCCAUUUUAUGGUUGAUGUAUAAAGAA